GUCCGAGGCUGAGGCCAAAGACAAACAAACAGUUCCAAUCAAUCCGAAUACCGAAUACCGAAUCCAGCCUUGGCCAAGUAGGCAACGUGCUUGGCCUCCCAGAGACCCCUUGAAGUGCCGACUUAUGGCUCCGCCCACCAUCGGUGGACCGCCCGUCGGGGCCGCGGCACCCCCCACACGCGUGGCGGCCCACGGCGGCGCCGGUGCUCCCCCAUCCUCUCGACCCUCUUCAGAACGCUCCUCACGAUCCGCCCGACACGUUGAUGAACGCAAAUCCGAGUUGGUUUGCCGGGUGAAAUACUCUAAUACUCUACCCGACAUUCCUUUUGACCCGAAAUUUAUCGCCUAUCCGUUCGAGACGAAUCGCUUCAUUCACUACGUGCCCACGUCUUUGGAGCGAAACUACAAGUACGAGCUUCUAACGGAGCCGGAUUUGGGCGUCACCGUCGACCUCAUCCGCCCCGAGACGUAUGCCAAGCCUGAGCAGGAAUUUGACGAAUAUGGCAAUAAAGUGGACCCCCCGUUGGAUGCCAAGGACGAGCGGCUUUUGGAAGAAGACAUGUCGGACAAGACGGAUGCUAAGCGCUCGCAACGUCACGCCCAAAUCUUGUCUUGGAUGCGAAGGCCGGACUAUAUUUCGACGGAGCAGACCCGAUAUCAGCCCACUACAAUUGAGAAGAUCGAGUCCAAAGUGGGCUUUGCCGUCCGGAAGAAGAUGGGUAACGACCAACCUAUUUUCAUGGAUCGCGAAGCUCAAGUGACGGCCAUUGAGAAGACCUUCGAGGAUGCUAAGAUUCCUAUCGAGAAACACUAUUCCAAGGCCGGUGUGUAUCCGGUUGAUGUGGUGCCCAUCCUACCCGAUGACAAGAUGUGGAAGUAUCCUUGCGCUCAGGUCAUCUUUGACUCGGAUCCAGCCCCGCAAGUGGAAGGCGUGGGUAAUCCUGUUCAACAGAACGAGAUGAUGUCUCAGGCCAUGAUUCGGGGUGUGAUGGACGAAUCGGGCGAGCAGUUUGUGGCUUAUUUCCUCCCCACCCUCGAGAACAUGGAGAAACGGGCCGAAGACAUGGUUGAUGGUCGAGAAUACGACGAGGAAGGUUCAUAUGAAUACAAGAUGUUCCGUGAGUACAACUGGAACGUCAAGAGUAAGGCCACCAAAGGCUACGAGGAGAAUUUCUUUUUCAUCGUACGCGAGGAUGGCGUGUUCUACAACGAACUGGAGACAAGGGUGAGACUGAGCAAAAGGCGCCUAAAAGCCGGCCAACAGCCAUCCAAUUCCAAAUUGGUGGUCAAGCACCGCCCCUUGGGCAAACAGGAGCAUAAGAUGCAACGAUACCGAGAGAAAUACUUGGAGCCUCCCAAUGAAGAGGAUGAGGAGAUGAGCGAAGAUGAUGAGGAAGAAGAAGCCGAGGGCAUGAUCAAAGACACCGAAAAUGACGAAGUGCAAUCCCGCUCGCGAUCCUCUUCCCCUGCCCGGUCAAGAAGCCGCUCCAAAUCGGGCUCAGCUGCCUCAUCGCGGUCCCGUUCUGUCUCUCGCUCUCGAUCCCGCUCCAGAUCUGUAUCCCGGUCGAGAUCGAGAUCCCGUUCCAAAUCCGGGUCCGUCAAAAGUAGAGCGGGAAGCCGAUCCGUGUCCAAGUCGCCUUCCCGUUCUCGAUCAGUUUCUCGCUCAGUGUCCAGAUCUCGCUCCGGUAGUCCGGCUUCCCGGUCUCGAUCCAGUUCGGCGAGUCGUUCGGCGGCGAGUGCCAAAUCCGGAUCCGAAUCUGAUUGAUAAUUUUCGUGUAUCCAUCAAUUAAGGAGUAAACAGUUUCGCACUCAAAA